AUGUCGUCUGCCGUGACAAGUGUUCUGAGUUCAACAGUUGGCUUAUUAUGGAACAAGGCUCGCGACUUAACUGCUGCUGAACUUCAAGACGAUGUUACAGAUGCGAAUGUUAGAGAUGCCAAAAUUCGAGAUAAUGUCGUGCGUGAGUUGAACGACUUUAAGAAAAGACGCAGUUGCCUUUCCCGUGCAAGUUUACUCAAAAGCUAUAACUUCCUACAGGGAGGAGUAAAUUUACUCAAUAUUUCGCUGAAUGUAUCAAAACCCGAGCAGCAAGCUGUGCUGAACGACAUUCAAGAUGAUCAAGGUGAAACAUCAACAAUGCCGAGCGCUGGGAUCUCAUACGAAGCCCUGGAAGUUUCUAACGCAAUUGGAAAGAUGAAAGAGUUCGAAUCCGCUAAAGAGAAAUUUAAAAGUGCUCGUAUUGUAGCGACCAAUGCUUUCUGGGAUGAGGAACUAAGCAUUAAAGAUAGAAUCUUUGCCGCAAAACUACGAAUAGUUUCCGAAAUACUGGAGUGCCUCGAAAGUCCUAAAACGGCAAUCACAAGAUGUCUUCCGUUUUUGAAAAAGUUACAUAGAUUACCUGUCAUUCAAAAGAUGUUCUCCAUAUAUCUAGAGGGAAGAUUUGAAUCGCGGAUUUUUAAUCGAGCCUCAAGAGUUCAACGCAUAACAUCUGUUAUGCUAAUUAACUAUGUAUUAUUUCAAUUAAUUCAGAAAUUCAGCAGUGAAUAUUCGUUUGAAGUGCUUGCCUGGCCAACAAUUGAAUUAGAAAGUUUUAGUUUUCACCCGAUAUUACAUUGGCCGAAG